AGUGAUAUUGGAUGGUAUGAAUAGCAUGCAAAUAAUUUCUGGCAGACAUGCCCACAUUGGUUAAAUAUGUAAAAGAAAGACGCACUGGGAAGGAUACUUCCUCUUGAAGCUAUCAUAAGGAAGAGAAGAAUAUUGUCCCUGUAGAAAGUGCCACAUGGAGGACCCUAAAAUGGAAUAUACAGAGAUCGUUCUUGAAGAGCUGCUGAUAAAAAAGUCUCAGCAGAAGAAAAAAAUAUCCCCCAACAAUUACAAGGAACGGCUGUUUGUUCUUACAAAAACAAGCCUCUCCUACUAUGACUACGACUAUGACAAAGAGAAAAAAGGAACCAGAAAGGGGUCAAUUGACGUUAAGAAAAUUCGAUGCGUUGAGGCAGUGGAUCUUGAGGAACAAACCCCUCCAGAAAGGCAAUAUCCCUUCCAGAUUGUGUACAAAGGCGGCCUACUGUAUGUUUUCUCUGGAAAUGAAGAGAGUCGAAGACGAUGGUUGGAAGCUUUGCACAGAGAGAUUCAGGACAAUGCAGAUUUACUAAACAAGUACCACAAAGGAUUCUUUUCCAAUGGGAAGUUCCUGUGCUGCAAUCAGGCUUGCAAAGCAGCUCCCGGGUGCACAAUCUGGGAAAAAUACUCCAGCCUACACAGCUCAAGCAGUGCAGUGAAACCGCUCCCACCUGUACCAGGGCGACUGAGCAGGGAACACAGUCAUCAGCCUCCAGGUCUAACAUCUGAUAAGUCACUUCUGAAAGAAGCACUAGCUGUUUAUAAUUAUGAACCCAAAGGAAAUUCUGAUGUUCAGCUUGUGAGAAACAACAAGUAUUAUGUUUUGAAAGAUGAGGAUCCUGACUGGUGGCAAGUGAGAGACUUGGAAGGAAAUGAAGGCUUUGCUCCCCGGGCCUACUUGAAAGAGAUAUCCCAGGCCACGGAUGAAUCAGGGGGAAAAACUGAGACAGCAUCAUCUGAAGAGGAGGAAAACAUUGCUAACUAUGAUUGGUAUGCUGGUAGCCUCUCAAGGGCCCAGGCGGAACAACUGCUGCUGCAGAAGGGGAAAGAAGGUGCUUUUAUGGUUCGUAAUUCCAGUCAUGUGGGGAAAUACACCAUAUCAGUACUCAGCAUGACCUAUGGAGAUAAAAAAGGAAUAGUUAAACAUUAUCAUGUUCAUGUAAACAAUGCAAACCAGUUUUACCUGGCUGAGAACUACUGUUUCAAUUCUCUCCCCAAGCUUAUUCACUAUCAUCAACACAAUUCAGCAGGUGUGGUUACAAGGCUUCGACAUGCAGCAUCUACAAAGGAAAACAAUGUUCCAUCCACAGCAACUUUAGGAAAUGGACCCUGGGAGCUCAAGCGUGAAGAGAUUGUCUUGCAGAAAGAAAUUGGGAGUGGUCAAUUCGGAGUGGUACAGGUGGGAAAAUGGAAAGGAAAAUAUGAUGUUGCUGUUAAAAUGAUCAAGGAAGGAUCGAUGUCUGAAGAUGAAUUCAUAGAAGAAGCUGAGACCAUGAUGAAGCUGAAGCACCCCAAACUUGUUAAACUGUAUGGCGUCUGCACUAAGACAUAUCCCAUCUAUAUCGUGGCUGAAUACAUGGCCAAUGGCUGCUUACUUAGUUAUUUAAAAAGCCAUGGGAAAGAGCUACAUCCCUUUCAGUUUGUGGAGAUGUGUUUCCACGUUUGUGAAGCAAUGGCUUUCCUGGAGAGCCAUCAGUUCAUACACCGAGACUUGGCUGCUAGGAAUUGCCUGGUUGAUACUGACUUAACAGUGAAGGUGUCUGACUUUGGAAUGACAAGGUACGUGCUGGAUGAUCAGUACAUCAGUUCCUUAGGAACAAAAUUUCCUGUGAAGUGGUCAGCACCGGAAGUGUUUCAUUACACCAAGUUCAGCAGCAAGUCUGAUGUCUGGGCCUUUGGAAUCUUAAUGUGGGAGGUGUUCACUUUGGGGAAACAACCCUACGACCUGUAUGACAACAUGCAGGUGAUCGAGAAGGUUUGCCACGGUUAUCGGCUCUAUCGGCCACAGUUGGCUUCUGAGGCCAUCUAUCAAAUCAUGUAUAGCUGCUGGCAUGAGUUGCCUGAAAAACGGCCCACGUUUCACCAUCUGCUUUCACUCAUGGAACCUCACAGAGAAGAUGACAAACCUUGAAAAACAGCCCAUCUUCAGUGGAGCCCCCCUCUCACUUCCCCC